UCACAAACGGGUUAGCCCACGUAUCCACUAGGAGGAGAGGAGAGACUGUUUGAGGAGCAACCAAACAAUAAACAGCUGCUACUGCAAACCACAACCUCGGGAGUUUACGCCAGAGGACCACCGAGCGACCACCAAGACAAACACCGUCGCGUCGCGUCCCGUUCACUCCCUCGGAGUGAAUUAACAGCCAUGUAUCUGAACCGGGAGGAGAACAACAGCAAAGGCUCAGUGUCCCUCAGCGUGUUCCUGGUCUCCGUCGCUGUGACAGUGUGUGCUGUUUGGCUAGUGGCUCUUUGUGGUGUCUGUGGUUGGUGUCAACGCAAGCUGGGGAAGAGGAAUAAACCAGGAGUGGAAACAGCAGACGCUCCAGACUCAGCACAUGGGCGUGGGGAAAAGAAAGGCAUCAAGGGCAACAAGCCAGCCAACAGUCCCAAGGGCCAACCCCCGGAUGCUGACGGCAAAUCCUCCGUAACUGACGUGGCCAACUCCCUCACUGGAGACAUGGUGAUGCUGUCCCCCGGUUCGGAGUAUGAUGACGGUGAAGGGCCCGUCAGUGAGAAGCUGGGCCGGAUCCAGUUCAGCAUAGGCUACAGCUUCCAGAACACAACCCUCACCGUCAAACUUCUCAGGGGCCAGGAGCUCCCGGCCAAGGACUUCUCCGGCACCUCCGAUCCCUUCGUCAAAAUCUACCUGCUGCCUGACAAAAAAAACAAGCUGGAGACCAAGAUCAAGAGGAAGAACCUCAACCCCCACUGGAACGAAACCUUCCUGUUUGAGGGCUUCCCUUACGAGAAGGUGAGAGAGCGCACUCUAUACCUACAGGUGUUGGACUACGACCGCUUCAGCAGGAAUGACCCCAUUGGAGAGGUGUCAAUCCCCCUUAACAAGGUGGAACUGGGCCAAAUAAAGACCUUCUGGAAGGAGCUCAAGCCCUGCAGUGAUGGCAGUGGGAGACGAGGAGACCUGCUGUUGUCUCUCUGCUACAAUCCCACAGCCAACAUCAUCACAGUGAACAUCAUCAAAGCGCGAAAUCUCAAAGCCAUGGAUAUUGGGGGCACCUCAGAUCCAUACGUGAAAGUGUGGCUGAUGCACAAGGACAAGCGCGUAGAGAAAAAGAAGACGAUGACAAUGAAGCGCUGUCUCAACCCCAUUUUCAACGAGUCCUUCCCCUUUGAAGUGGCCGCCCAUGUGCUGAGGGAGACCACCAUCAUCAUCACUGUCAUGGACAAGGACAGGCUUAGCCGCAACGACGUCAUCGGCAAGAUCUACCUAUCGUGGAAGAGUGGACCAGCGGAGGUAAAGCACUGGAAAGACAUGCUCGCUCGGCCGCGUACUAACGUCGCCCAGUGGCACGCUCUGAAGGCCUGAGCGCACCGCCCGGGUUCCGCUGAGACCCCUUCCCCGUCUUCUGCUCCUCCCCCCUCUCCUCCUUCCACUCCCGUCCUUAUGCACAAGACUGACUUGCUGCCAGGCUGGGAAACAUGGGUACAAUUAGCCAUCUGCUCUAUUAAACCUUUAAACUUUUUUUUUUUUUAAGAUCUUCACUUCGACCCCUCUCACAUCUCACUGUGCCAAUAGUCCCCCUAUUUCCGACUGUCUGUAUGCCUGUCUGCACUUUGCCUGUGGUGCCCCGAUAUUCAGUUUCUUUAUUGACCCUUCAGGUUCCAAACUGCUCUGCAGCUCCUCGAUCCGUCUAAGGUGCCGGUCCCGUAGAAUCACAGAGAUGUCACAAUCUAUUCUCAAAUAAUCCUCAUUCUCAUAUAAUUGUAUGACUAUUCCAGAUUUUCAAAACUAUACAGUAUGUACAAUAUGUAGAGAGGUAAAUAGAUUGGCAGAACAGUAUACAUACAGUAUAUAUACAGUAUCAUAUCUCUCUAAGUCUCUCUCUUCAUUUGUCUCUUUGUCAUCUGUCUCAAGUUUACACUAUAUCCUCUCCCUUUUUCAGCCCCCCCUCCUUUGACUCAAAAGUGGUUUAAUGAUCAGCUGAAGUUGUGAACAACAAUCAAUACGCAGUUUGUGAUGUAAUCAGCUGAAUUCUAGAUGGAAACUCUCUAUUCAUCUUUAUGCUUUUAUUACUCCCCCACACACCCUUGUUGUCUCCGUGCUGUGGGUCCUGUGCUGUAGCAAAACAACAAAAAGAAAAACAUUUUUAAAAACAUUGAAAACUGGACAGCUGCCCACCUGCCCCGCCUUCUGAACGGCCAAGGGAAGUUCUAUCUGCACUUUUUGAAAAUGUAAUAACAGUAAUAACAAUAAUGACAGUUUUGAUGAUGAUUACAGUAAUGAGGAAAAUUAAAGGGGGGGAGUGUUUGAAAGGCUUAGCAGCAGUUGGGGAGAGGAGACGUCUGCUCUGUGAUUCCGGGAUUUGGAGAUGAAGUGGAGGACGUAUAGAGGACGGAUGUAGGGCUCUCAUCCUCCUUUUGGUUCAUUUUGUGCUGCAGUCUUCUAUGUGUGUCUGCUUCCUGACUGCUGGGGGCCGGCCGCUGGUGUCUGCGAUGUUAGCUGAGGCCUAAACAACACUGCUCUUUACGCAAUGUGUUGAUCCACAACAUGCACGGUCAGAGCUCUCAACAAAGAGUGUGGGUGGUCCUGAACGGGUUCAUGAUUCUGAACGAUUGUGCGUGAUUGGAAACAGCGAGACACAUGGAAUCCAACACUGAAAGAAAAAUAUGUUUGUGUUGUUUCGGAUCCUGGACGACUGUGUAUCACGGACGCGUGGGUGUGAUGUGUAAUAUUAGAUGAUGGUCUGAUCUGCCUCUGUUCGAUGUUGUAGAAGCAGAUUAGACAUUAUCUCUUCCCUGAGUGCUUGAGAAAGCCACACAGUGAACUGGUGGCUGCCCUGCUUGUCAGGCCCAUUCAGCUCAUCUCCAUUUUUCUCCAACAUUAAUAAAACAGUCACAAAGCAGCAACAUGAAUACUGUCAGCCAUUAAGAGCUGCUCACACAGACAUUGCAUCUUUCUUAAUGGAAAGUACUUUAGCUCUACAGUAACAACUUGUCUUAUUUUUUACAUUCAUAAAGUCCUGUGAAGCAUGAUCAGCUUUUCAGGAUUUUACUUUUCUUUCAGUGGAGCGAUUUAGCAUGCUCUGAAUGAGCAUCGUCGUUUCAACCAUCUCUCAUGUUGGUUGUUUUCUUUAGUCAAAGCCUCACUACUUCUUUUAAUGUGGUUUCCAAUAAGUCUGGCUGUGUCAAAAACUAAUAGAGAAGGCAUUAAAGCAUUUUAAAUCUCUGCUUUUAAGCUUUUCAUUUAUGAUGAUGAUUAUACCCUGAUCACUUGAAUUGAUGAUGACCAGGGAUAAAGGCUUAUCAGUCGAAACAGAAUAAAUAAUCAUGAGGCGAUUGAAAACCAGACGUGGUCUGAAUGUGCGGGCGAUGAGUCAACACAAUACCGCUGCCUUUUCCUUUUCACUAAGAUGAUAUGUAGCUCAAGGAGUGAUAAAUUGGUAUGCUGCCAGGGUUUACUAAGCCCAGGCAUCAAUGACCCUGUAAACGGGAGGAUAUGGCUUUAUUUUUAGCAACAUGAGGCACAGUCAUGUGGCUGCUCCUCCAAGCCUGGAGGGCUGCACGCUUUUAAAACUCACUAAGUGCUUAAGAUACAGACUUCAUAAAAGCCAAUCCCGACAAAAACAUUUUCUAAUUUUUAAAAGGUUAAAUGGAACAGUCAUUACAUCACUAGUGACAUUUGGGCGAGAGGAUUAACUCGUCUAACUAGUCUUAAUUGCAGUUCCAUUCCAUUUUUGUUUUUUUUCUUCUGCAACAAUGUUUUACAGUGCCGUAGGAUUCACCACAGUAUAUCCAGAACGUUUUACUUUCCUUGAAGUAACCAGAAGUCUGAAACCUCAUGUACUAUUAAAACGGAUGGUGAGCUUAGAGCACAAACAGGAGAGAGCGAUUCCCAAAUUCCAAUUAAAUUAUACGGCCAUCCGUCUCACGCCUCUCAACAUGGCCUCUCUGUUGUCAACAACACUGUCAGGACCGACCAACACCCCUGAACUCAUGAAUACAUCAUGGCGGCGUUGCAGCUGCUUCACUCGCUCUACUUGUGUUCCCACUAUGUUUCCCGGCGAGUCGGAGCGCGGUGUGGAUAGUUAAUGCUUCAUUCGUAGGAUGUUAUCUUCAAAUUUCCUGAACUUUAGGCGCUGCCUCUAACAAUACGGCACAACCAUGUUAGCAUUUCCUCAGUGAACAUGUUGACAUUAGCAAUUAGCUCCAAACUGGAGUACAGCCUCAGAAGGCUUCCAGCUGUCUACAGCAUCUUCAAGACUUGAUAUUGUUUGUCCUUGUCGUACCCUCAGUCCGUUUUUUAUACUGUGAUUGGUUUUCUGAGCGUCAGUGACCCCCUUUAUUUGAAAUUUGCCUGCUUUGCUGUAGUUUGUGCAAUAUUCAAUUGAAGCUACACUGUACUUAUGUCUUUGCAAGCUUCAGGUGUAUGUGUAUGUGUGUGUGGAGGGAGUGUGGGGGUGUUGCAGUGAUCUCAUUUUAGAGGGACAGCAGCUGUUUAAUUCUGCUGAACCUUUGUUUUUUUCCCAGUCUGUUUGUGUGUGAGUCUUGCCCUGCGCAGACAGACUUCGCCUCCCCUAACUCAUCAUUUCAAUUGUUUUGAGCAUCUGGUGAAAGCCAAUGUGACUUCUCCCAAUCAGGGUUUAAGUAAGCAUUGUGUGAAAGAUAACAAAAUUAAUAAAUGAAAGACAAUAACGAGUAAUAAUAUAUUUUUUCUUUCUGUUCACAUUUGACUGUUUGGUCAGUGUGUAUGUGUGUGUUUUAGGUGAUAUUUCUUUAUGAAAACGUGGUAAGCAAAUCUUUCUGUUUUUGGAAACGUUAUGUAAAUAUCUUUGGUAAAAAUUAACAUUUUUUGUACAGUAAGUUUUGAUUUGCCACUUCGUGAUGAUGAAAACUGAUAUUGAUGAAUAACGGUGGUGAUGUUGAUGCUGAAGCUGAUUAUACCUGCCCUUCUUGAAUAAGGGCUUUUGAUGUCCGCUGUAUUUUUGUUGGAGAUGCUGUGAGGUCGGGGCAAGAGAAACAAAGGGAAGGAGUGGUACCCAAAACAUCCCAGGCCCGCUGCCGGCAACACUGCCAUAAACCUUUUACCUCCCCUACACAUUUUCAGGAAACGAGCCAAGCGAUAUGUGGCACAAAUCGGGGCCUGUGUUAUGCCAUAAAACAAAUAUUUAUAUUUUCAGCAGAAGACUGUUCUCCUCCCCGUGGAGUCAAAUCAGACCGUCGACCGUGAUAGUCUGGCCCGCGUUCGGUCGAAGUGAGCUGCAUCUGGCCCGCACCUGAUUUGAGUUUCAGACCCCUGCUUUGGAGGAAGUCCCACGAGUCUGAAAAUACACAUACACAAACACGCAAACAACAAUUCUGACAAUUUUCCCUUGAAUCCAGAUCCCUCAGAAUAUGUGAGUUUUUCUCUCCUCGCUGGUUGUAAAUAGACUUUGUGAUCCGGUUAGAGCAUCCUGUAACUCCUGCCAUAAUGUGGACAUUUGUAAUCAGGUAGGUAAUAAGCAAUACAUUUAUUUCACGCCAUUGACUGAAAUGUUACUUACCGAGUCUGAUUGUGACUCUUUUGCGUUGCGGGAUGCCAGGGGUAACACUCCUGUUUCUUCGCCUCAUUUCUCAGCUUGCCAUGGCUAAGCUCCUCAACAAAGAGUGCUCCAACUGAAACCACACAAUUGUGAUGUGUACAAUCUAAUUUAAUGUAUUCUUUUCCGUAUUUUUGCCAACUUUGUAUAGUGUAUAUAUAUAUAUAUAUAUAAAUAUAUGAAAAAUGACAGUACUGUAUAGAUUUUAGCUGCCUGGUAAGGUUAAUAGUAUUUACUUGGUAGACUAAAGGAAAAAGCGUAGAGCUGUUCAAAAGCCAGUCAUUGAGAAAAUGCUUUCUGUAAAACCCGGCGCCACUGGCUCUUUUUAUAUCCUAGGUUUCGUUUCUGGUUUCUUUUUUUAUUAUUGCCAGUAGAGUCCAAAGUACGUGUUAUUUCUUCUUUUGUCCGUUUGUUUGUGUGUAUGUAUGUGCGUGUUCGUCCAUGGUAGUGCUAGUGUUCUUUGUGCAGUGCCUCCCUCCGCCCUCCCUCUCUGAUGUAGUUUGUCAUGUGACGCAUUGUGUGAUACGGUGCAGGAUGCCUGUUGGCUGCAGCUGGUAGAUGCCCUCUCUCUCUCUCUCUCUCUCUUUCUCUCUCUCUCUCUCUCUCUCUCUCUCUCUCUCUCACUCUCUCUCUCUCUCUCUCUCUCAUGUCCUCUGUUCUUCAACACUUCACUUUAGUCCUUGGCUCCAGGUGAAGAUUUCCACUUCCUCUGCUCAAUUUAUCAUUUACUUUCCCAUUCAGCUGGCAAUGCACACACCACCACCGUCUAAGUCAACAGUAAUCCAUCCUUCGUCACCUAUCUGUGAUUCUUCACCCGUCGGCCGCUCUCACAAGUCAAUCACCACAUCACUUUAUUUUUCCUGCAGAGCUCUGUAGACCAGAGGAUGAUUUAGCACAAAACAAGAGCAUCCUCAUCACCUUUCAUACCUCUAUGUCACUUCCUCUCAUUACCAUGUUGUACUUUCAGACUCCUCUGCAUUAUCUGAGGAGAAGGGCAGCUGCCAGUUUAGCACACAGAAACACGAAGCAGCCAUAUUUAGAUAACAAGCACAGACUUGUGACUCAAAUAUAUGUUGUAGUGUCUUCACUGCCGCCCUGUUUGUAGCAAGAGAAAGAGAAUAGCCUUAAGGAUUGGACCAACUACCAGAAAGAUGGAGGGAGAGAGAAGUGAUGUGACAGAGGUGGAGCCAUAGUGUGAGUCCAAGGACAUGAGAUGGCAAGAGAAGCAAUACAAAGUGAGAAUUAAAAGAAAUGUGUGGAGAAAAGAGGUGUCCGAUUUAGUGAUCCACGGAGGUGAGCAGGUCGUCAUGGAAAAAUCCCCGCUGGUGUAAAUACCUCUAAUAGGGAAUUACUGAAUAAAAGCACAUUGUUUGAAAUGUUCAUGCUGUGUGUUUGAAGACCACCGGGGUUGUAAUACAGAAAGCGGCGGUUGUGCACAAAUAUCACACUCUUUCUUAAUUAGAAAAGAUUUAUUUUAAUUCGGGAGAAUAUAUCAGCAUCUAUAAAAAUGCUAGUUUUUCUUGAUGUCAUAAAUAUAGAGGGAGAUGGUAUCCAGAUUAAAUUGACAUGCUCAUGGAUGUAGAUGCAUAGGUGGUGUGCAGACACUUCUCAGACAAUGGUGGAUGAUAACCCUUUGUCCUGGGUGGACAAUUUGUAUCAGGAUAUUAAUGCAAAUGUCAAGCCCUCCAUCGUUUUUUACAUAACCUUACGUCUUUCCUGAGCUAGACUGAAGUCAGAGUCUCUGUGACAUCACACUGCCAGCCAAUGGACACGCGGAGAAACCGUCCAGCCCGAUUGGUAUGAGAGAUGAACAGCUAAAGAUUUGUAAGUGAAUUGUAUUUAUAAACCAAAAUGUUUUCUCAAAAGGCUUAACAAUAGAAAAUGCAUUCAAUGAAUAAAGAAUGUAUAAUAUAAAAAACCUUAGACUAGAUAAAUGAAUUACAAUGGAAAAGACUCUGUUAAUUCAUAAUACUGCGUUAUGUGUGCUGUAUAUAUGUAGAAUAUGAAUAUAGAUAUGAAUAGACAUAAUACAUAUAUUUUUAUUUUAUUUUUCAAUUAUGUACGAUACUGCAUCAGACUACACCAACACUAAACCAUGAUAUAAUAAUUUUACUGUAACUCCUCCUCUUUUUUAUCUAUACUCAUUAAUCAAAUUUAAUGAACAUAUUGAACUCCGAAAUAACAUCCUUCUCCCCAGUGCAGUAAUAAAGAUAUACAGUUGAAAUAAUACAGCUUUUAAAUGAUUAUAUAAUCAUUUAAAGAAUGUUAAUUCAGAGUUACUUUUAUACCUUGAGUGGAACAUUUUGUGAGCUAAUCCUAUAAUGCCAUUAAUAAUUUGCCCUGGUUCAAUAGUUUAUGAUGAUUUGUUAAUUAGUUAAGCAUUACAAGUGUGAUUUGUAUUGCUAUUAAGAAAUGUUACCAAUUAAAUGAUUAACAUAAUAUGAUGCAGUAUGUUAGCGUGUAAAUGGCUGCUACUUUGAAUUUUCAUGAAUAGACAUACAAUAUGUCAUUAAGGAGAAAAAGGUGUGAUUCCUGAAAGGCAUUUCGGCAAUUAUUUAAAAUAACUAUUUAGUAAGUACAGCUCAUGAGUACAGCUUAUGAGGCUGAUGGUGAAUGCAUUAAGCAGACAACCUUUCACUCUGGAAUCACUAAUCAUUGCUGUUGUUGAAUCUCGUAGCAACAAAGACCUGUGUACCUACAAACCACAAGAUAGAAAUGUGAACAGCAAACACUGCAGGUAAGUCUUGGGAGAAAGUCGAUCUUUAUUGAGUUAUUUUUAUGCAGUGUAAAUAAAUCUAGCAUAGCUGUUCAGCACUGCUGCUAGUUAGUUAAAGGCAGAACCUAUCCUUUUAUUUGCUAGAAACUCUGUGAUUACUUUUUCAGAACUCUGUUGGAUUCUGUCAAACCUAAAAACAAGUUACACGUUGUUUGCUGCUUUUGUUGUUUUUGGUUACAGCACUGUGCACAUGCCCAGAGGAUUUUUGCCAUCUGUCACCGGUGAGAGUUUCCAUUGCAGCGGUCACGAGUUGGUGACAGGGGGGUCAAUCAUGGUAUGCAAAUGCCAUAGAAUAGAAUAGAAUUUCCGCCAUUUAGAAUUUUGUGAAAAACACGUUUUUUACCAUUUCUCCUAAACGCUAUGUCCGAUUGUCACAAGGUUUUCUGUGGAUCAUUACUGGAUCAAGGUACCCCUGCCCUAUCAAGAGCAUGUUGAAAUGUUCUUGUUUUGAGAAGAUAUGGGCUAAUGAACUUCGCAAGGGGUGUGGCUUAAUGUUGCAAGAGUCAUAACUUCCAAAUGAUUUGGCCUGCCCUCACCAAACUUGUAACACGUGUGAACAUUGAAGCCCUGAUCACACCCUGAUUUUUUGAGAAUAUUUGAAGAAUAGGGGGCGCUGCAAUUGUUGAAAAUCUGCCCUUUUGGCCUAUUUUUGGCUUAUUUUCAUGAUUUCUUAGAGUUGCAAAAGACCGAACUCCUCCCAGGGAUUAAACCCGAUUCUUUUCAAAUUCGCGCUGUGUGAUCUUGAGGACCUAGACUCUCAAAAUUUCCUAGCAGAGAGGUAAGACCUUGAUAAUGCUUCACUGUGAAUAUUAUAAGAAUCUGAUAAUCGGUGGCGAAAUAGUGCAUCGGCAAAGUUGAUGCUUCGCCUUACAGCCGAUUCUUUUCAAAUGUGCGCAGUGUGAUCUUGAGGACCUAGGCUCUAAGAAUUGCAUUUUGCCGGAAGAAAUUUGAAACUAUGUGUGUAGGGAGAUUUUUUGAAAAACCACCAUUAAUCCUAACCUGAAUUUGAACAAAAGUAGUCUCUUGAUGGAGAAUUUAAAGGAAAUCGCCUCAUGUAUGGUAUUUUGAGAGGCUUUAAUUUUGGAAUAGUAGAUCAGAAUGUCCUGAUUAACCCAUUGUGACACCUUGGGGAUGUUUUCUAUCUGCCUGAUAUCAAAUGAUUGUUUUACUAUUGAUAGUUUCCUUUUUUAACUCUACUGGACAACAUCAGAUUCUUUCCAAUUCAUACAUGUUUGAUGACACUCUGGGCCUGAAGAGAUGUAAAGUUGAAUCAAGUCGUAGCGCCACCUACUGGUAACUUGAAGUCGCAUUUUCUAGUAUCCAGUAAAAAACUAGGUGGUAUUUAGAGAGGCUUUUAUUUUGAAAUAGUACAUCAUAAUGUUCUGGUUAUUGCGGAGUCACAUCUUGGGGAUGUGUACUCUAUGCCUGAAGUGGAAAUACUGUGUAACUAUGGAUUUUUUCCUAUUAAAUGUAAUCUGAAAAUGA